ACGAGUCACUCGGGAAAUAGAAUUAUGACUCAAGUCAGUAAAAAGAGUCGUUCAAAAAAGAACGAAUCGUUCGCGAGCUGCACAUCACCACACAGUAGCCUAGCUACCUGUCAGUAACAUAUAGCACAUCUGAACAGCAGCAGGCACUCGCAUCACAACAACACGGUCGUUGGCAGAGUAAUGGGGGGUAGCUAGGUAGUUAGAUUUCCGAGAAUAAGGAAAAACUCACUACAAUCAAGAUGGUGUCGUGGAUUAUCUCCAGGAUGGUAGUCCUGGCCUUCGGGACCCUCUACCCGGCCUACUCCUCAUACAAGGCCGUCAAGACAAAGAAUGUGAAGGAAUAUGUGAAAUGGAUGAUGUACUGGAUAGUGUUUGCAUUAUUCACGACGGUGGAGACCCUCACAGACUUGUUCAUGUCCUGGUUUCCUUUCUACUUUGAGCUGAAGAUAGCCUUUGUGAUCUGGCUCCUGUCUCCGUACACUAAGGGCUCCAGUGUGCUCUACCGCAAGUUUGUCCACCCCACCCUGUCCAAUAAGGAGAAGGAGAUCGAUCAGUACAUCACCCAGGCUAAAGACCGUAGUUAUGAGACUAUGAUGAGGUUUGGAAAGAGAGGUCUGAACUUGGCUGCUACUGCUGCUGUCACCGCAGCUAGCAAGGGCCAGGGUGUGCUGUCGGACAAGCUGCGUAGUUUCAGCAUGCAGGACCUGACUCUGAUCAACGAUGGGGAGGAGAUGGGCCUGCACUCCUCUGACCCCCGCAUGAGGAGAGAUGCCUUGGAUGACAUGGCUACUGGAGCCAACACGCUGCCCCGCGCCAAGACCACACGGCAGACUCGUUCCUCAUCUGCGGCUCCUCAUCUCGAUGAAUCAUCGCAGCACAGCUCGGACCAAUCAGACACCAGGAGCAUCACCACAGAGCAUUCUGAUGAGGACAUUGUGGAAAAGGUCCCUGUGAAACGCACGGCCAGCGUCAAGGCAAACAAGAAACCCUCCACCGCCAAGACCGAGAUUCUACUUCUCUCAUUUCCUCUGGUGUCAACUCACUUUCCCCAUCUCUCUUCCCUCUCUUCCUCCUGUCAGACUACGACUAAGACGGUGAAAAAGACACCAAAGAAGAAGACAACCACCACAGCUACAGCCAGCAACAACGCUGAGUCACCAUGAUAUCUGUAUCUACUGACCCCAUCUCCACCCUACUGCACACCACUACAGCCAUGUAACAGGCCCUCUCUGUCUCCAGUCCUCACACACACACACACACACACACACACAGAGACCUCUGGAGUGUCACCCUCGCUGGUUAAGCGCAACUCGCAGGUUUAGUUCUCCUGUAGAUGGCCAGCAGGUUUAGUUUUACUGUAGAUGGCCAGCAGGUUUAGUUCUACUGUAGAUGGCCAGCUUCAUGUCAAAUCACAGGUUUUGUUCUACUGUAGAUGGCCAGCGGGUUUAGUUCUACUGUAGAUGGCCAGCAGGUUUAGUUCUACUGUAGAUGGCCAACAGGUUUAGUUCUACUGUAGAUGGCCAACAGGUUUAGUUCUACUGUAGAUGGCCAGCAGGUUUAGUUCUACUGUAGAUGGCCAGCUUCAUGUCAAAUCACAGGUUUUGUUCUACUGUAGAUGGCCAGCGGGUUUAGUUCUACUGUAGAUGGCCAGCAGGUUUAGUUCUACUGUAGAUGGCCAACAGGUUUAGUUCUACUGUAGAUGGCCAGCAGGUUUAGUUCUACUGAAGAUGGCCAGCAGGUUUAGUUCUACUGUAGAUGGCCAGCUUCAUUUCAACAACACUUGUUUUAUUUAGCCUGCUGCUUACAUUCUAGGUUUUAUAGUCAUUAACCUCAGUGUGUGUGUGUUUCAGUGAUGGCCUGUUUUCUGGACUGAAAAAUAGUUGCUUCCUUCCUCCUGUACAGUUAAUAACCCUCUGUGUUGGGGCCCUGCCAGGCCAUCCAAGGCCCCACACUGGAUUGACUUGACAUAAUCCUCUUGGCCCCCUUGGGAGCAUGGGGCAUCUACCAUGGCUCUCCACCUCCCUCACUAUGCUAGAACAUCUACCAUGGCUCUCCACCUCCCUCACUAUGCUAGAACAUCUACCAUGGCUCUCCACCUCCCUCACUAUGCUAGAACAUCUACCAUGGCUCUCCACCUCCCUCACUAUGCUAGAGCAUCCAUCACGGCUCUCCAUCUCCCUCACUAUGCUAGAGCAUCCAUCACGGCUCUCCACCUCCCUCACUAUGCUAGAGCAUCCAUCACGGCUCUCCACCUCCCUCACUAUGCUAGAGCAUCCAUCACGGCUCUCCACCUCCCUCACUAUGCUAGAACAUCUACCAUGGCUCUCCAUCUCCCUCACUAUGCUAGAGCAUCCAUCACGGCUCUCCACCUCCCUCACUAUGCUAGGGCUUUGCUGCUUAGCAGGAGAUCCCCACUAGUUUAUUGGAGAUGCAUUCUCUAUGAACUUACAUUCCAGUCAGAGUAUGGUAACUCUAUUGGAGGGUAGCUGGGGGCUGCCAUGAAUGGAAAGGUAGACUAGUGGACUAGGCAUGUGUUAAGGAGAGAUAAGGGAGGGAAGAUAGUAGAGAGGGAUGGGCGCCAAAGGAUCAGUGUUGUUGUCCUGGCCUAACUGGCCUCUACUCAACAUGUCCCCAUUACAGAGACUACAGUCUCACCAUUGGUUGUAGCAGUAGUCCACAGAGCAGGUCUCUGUCUGACUACAUAGACGGGGUCAUGUGAUCUCUGGAAGGCAGAGGACAUUCUGGGAGCACUUGUCUCUAACAGUGUUAAGCCGAUGCCAUGGUUACCCAUAUCAUUCACUCUACUGUAAUGGAGCAGUAGACUGAUGACCACUUGGUCAAGCGCCCACAGAGAGAUGAAGAGGUCUGUUUGUUCUUUCUCUCCUCUCCUCCCUCUGUUCUCUCUUUCUCUCCUCUCCCUCUGGACAGCUCUACCCUCUCACUCCGUUCAGCUCAGAACGGUCCAAGGGAAAGACACACAGCUUCAGGCAUCAUUAACUUUUCUGUCUGACUGUGUGUGUGUACGAUGUGCAUGUGUGUGUUUUUGGAACAUGACCAAGCUUCUGUUCUUCCCCUCUCUGUUUUCCCAACUGCAUAGAGACACAAUGACAGAGUUCUCUGACCACUUAUAACAUAACCAUCCACAAGGUCUUGCACUGCAGCUCAUAGCAUAGCUAAACAGUACAGACAACCAACAGUUAAUUUCACUUUGUUAGACUUGUGCGUAGGGUUAUUUUUGUUUACUCUAAAUUGACUAGCUUAUAGGAUGUAAAAGUGGCUUCGUGGUCACCAAGCUAAUGUUAAUGCUCUGUUGAUACCAGGCUACAUUAUGGAUCACCACUAUGGAUCCCUGUCUUGUUUCAAUGUGUUUAUAUUAUCAGAGCUGGCUGUGUCAGGGUGGUGUAGUGAUCUGAAAGGCCAAACUGAUCUGAGAUCUGCCCUAGACUCUGAGACGCUCUAUGUAUACAUGCCCAGAUCUGUGUUAUUCUAGGGUCUGAAUCAUAUCAUUGUUUCUCUGAAUCAUAAGGAAAGCAGCUCUGCUAGCAUAUCCUCUUAAUGUGUCAUCUCUGACUGUAGCCUCCUCAAACAUGGUGAAAACUGUCUAACCCUAUUAGAUAGGAUGCUGUGGACCAGUUAUUACAUCUUAGUUGGAUAAGUAAUGCUGUCUCCCAAUAUGGCCUAAAACUGUUAAAGUGAUGUGCUCUGCUAGUGUUUUACUUCAGAAAGACAGACAUUCAUCCAUCUAUAGCGUACUGGUUGGGCAGGCAGGGUACUUAGACUCUGUCAAGGCACCUAAUCAUUUCCCCUUAGAAACUAUUGCCUUGUCUGAAAUCUACCUUCAGACACUUCUUGUCAAUCUCCCUAGGUACUGCUGGUACUCCGGUAGGUUGCAAAGGAUUGCAUGGAUUUAGCUAAAAACGUUGUGAUAAGAACUCCACCUAGCUUCCUUGUAGGGUACAUUGAGUUUCCACCAUGUGCUUCUCUCAAAUCUAGUGUGUGUCUUGGGUUGGAACCUAAGGGGUUAAUUGUGGAUUGGGUGUGUGCUAAGGGGUUGAUUGUGGAUUGGGUGUGUGCUAAGGGGUUGAUUGUGGAUUGGGUGUGUGCUAAGGGGUUGAUUGUGGAUUGGGUGUGUGCUAAGGGGUUGUUUUGUAUGUGACAUGACCUUGCUUUCGGCAGGGUUUAUUUGGAGUGCUCUGUAAUUGAAUGCAUGAGACUACUGCAUUUGUGUGUUGUCGUUGUCUGAAUUGUGACACUGAUUUGAACCAGUAGGGGGGGACAUAACCCACACAACAGUUUUAAAACUACUGAAGUGACUGCAAGGGGUACUUCCAUGUACACACUGUAUGUACAUAGUCAUUCUCUGGCUGUAUGAGUUUGCUUGCCUUAUCACUCACUCUGUUCUAGAAUACAGGUUUGUUUUUUCCCGCUUUUUAAAACUAGAUGUAUUUUUUUCUUUCUUUGUAAUUUAAUCUGAAAUCUUAUUAGACACCAUAUUGCAUUUCCUUAAGAGGCACCUCAGCCCCUCUGUAAGGCCUUAUGCUGUGAAGAGUGCUACUUGUGAUUUUAAUCUCUUCUGAAUUUCUCUCUUCUAUCUCAACGAGAGGCAUUUUAAUUGGUCAGUGAUAGCCAAAUAACAAUAACACUUCCUUGUCCCAGUCCUGCAGGACAUUGCUCAGUAGAGAAGGGGAAUUCCUCUGACAUUGUGUGUUUGGUAAGUACCAAACUGAAGUCAUGUUGUCCCAACCGGUCUGUUCUUCCCUUACUAUCAGGCUGGUUACCUUAUCCACGGCAACAUGGCAAUUCCUUUUUUCUUUUCUGUUUUGCUACAGUUUGCACCGAAGAAAAGAUGGCACACACUGUAAACACAUUCUUGCUGUCAUGGCAACACUACUUGACAUUAUUUUAACCAGUGUUCAUAUUAUUUUGUAAUAUUUGUUUAUUUAUUGCUGUGUGUUUGGUAUCAGUGUUAUUGUGUACAGAAACUCUCAUUGUGAGAGAAUAUUCUACAUUAAUAUAUUUUGUGCCAAUUAUCAAUACUCCACUGUUAUAAAGGACAUGAUGUUUCUGUGCUGAGAUAAUGGUAUUUAACAUGGACUGAAUGACAGUCAUAUACCAAUAACAACACUACUAAUAAAGAAAAUACAUCUUUA